AUGGCAUCAUUGAAUGAUAACACAAAGCCUGCUACUUUUAAUAAUCCCAUUUCUAAAAAUAGUUCAAAUAUAAAUAUGGAAAAAUAUUCAACAGGACUACAAGUCGUUGUUGGCUAUCAUAAAGUUGAAAUUGUAAAAUAUCUUGCAGAAGGUGGAUUUGCUCAAAUAUAUGUAGUGAAGUUUGUUGAAUUGCUAAAUGAGUUCAAUACUAAUACACACAAUCCACAUUUGAAACCGGGUGACUUAGCAUGUUUGAAAAGAGUUAUAGUAAAAGAUGAAAGAGGAUUACAAGAAAUGAGAAAUGAGGUGGAAGUUAUGAAAUUAUUAAGCAAUAAACCUAAUAUAGUUCAAUACUAUGAUUCUAAUGCUGCUAGAAAUCAUCGUAGCGUUGGUGGAUUCGAAGUCCUGUUAUUAAUGGAGUUGUGUCCUAAUGAAUCCCUAUUAACUUACCUUAAUCAACGGUUAGCAACUAAAUUAACUGAACAGGAAAUUUUAAAAAUAAUGUACGACAUAUCUAUUGGGAUUUCCCAAUUGCAUUAUCUGGAACCAGCCUUAAUACACCGUGAUAUUAAAAUAGAAAAUGUUUUGGUAGACUCAGAAAAUAAUUUUAAAUUAUGUGAUUUUGGGUCUACUACUAAAUGUUCACCAGUGGCAACUACAUACCAAGAUAUAGCGAUAUUAGGUCAAGACAUAUAUCAACACACUACUCCACAGUAUAGAUCCCCAGAAAUGAUUGAUCUGUUUAGGUACUUACCCAUAAAUGAAAAAUCUGAUAUUUGGGCCUUAGGAGUAUUUCUUUAUAAACUAUUAUUUUACACCACUCCAUUUGAACAUACAGGUCAAUUUGCUAUCUUGCAUGCCAAAUACGAUAUUCCGAAGUGCAAAUAUUCACCGCAAUUGAUAAAUUUAAUAGUGAUUAUGCUAUGUGAAAAUCCCUAUAUGAGACCUAACAUAUACCAAGUUGUCUAUGGUAUCUGUUCUAUUCUAAACGUCGAUGUACCUAUUCCAGAUAAAUAUGGGAUUGGCCCAUAUGACUUUGAUAAUUUUGUACGCUAUCAAAAAAAAUCACAAAUGUUACAACAACAACUAUUUGCUCAGGCAACAAAUAUUAAUGUUGAUAACUCAUUUGCUAAUUCAAAAAUUGUUAAUGACCCGUUCCUCGACUAUUUUGAUGUAAUGCCUAGAAUACAAGAAGCAAAAAAUAAUUUGGAAGCGCCUACACAAUUAAGCAUGACCCAAGCCAAAUCUAUAACAUCUGAGGAAAAACCUUCAAGAAACAACAACUUAACAGUUGAUUCUAAUAAAAGUACUACCGUAGGUGCAAGUACAACCACUACCUCAAAUGAAGGACAGAAUAUGAGUGAAAAUAAGAUAAAUAUUCAAACUCAUAAUUCGAAUAGCAACAAUAACACAUAUCCAAAUGAGACCUACAAUUUUACUGCAUCCUCACAAAAUCCUUUUGGAGAGAUAAAAAUAAGCUCGACAACUAACAGCAACAUUGAUGUAGCCGCUAUUCCAAAAAUGCAAGCUAAUGGUGCUUCACAUCAUUCUCCAGGAAAAUAUGCACAUGCUAUUAAUAUAGAAGAUCCUUCUAUUGAGAAUACAUUGCUUAAAGUUCAAGAAAAAAGAAUAAAUUACUCAAAACAACAUAAAUCUAAUAAUCCGUUCCCAAAUAUAGUCACAGAAAAGUAUAAUGCAGGGAGAAUUCAAAGUAAUGAUGGCAAGGCCAAUUCUGAUAAUCCUACAACUUCUGCUAAUGCUUUUACUAAAGUAAAUAAUAAUAUAUUUAAUAUACAACAAACAGCGCAAAGAGGAAACAACCAAAUGGCACAUAAUGCCUCCAUAAAUUUUAGUCAACAACCAUCUGUAUCUUUGCUGCCAAUAAAUAACGUUGAAACCAUUCAAACACCUGACUUCACAGAUCAACCAGCGUCAUUUUCUAAGCCUACAAAUCAAGGAAAUAUACUUGAUAAUAAGGGAAGUAGCAUAGGCACUCUCCCAACCAAUAUACCUACUAUUACAAAUAAUAGUAAUAACAAUCAUCAUCAUCAUAAUAAUAACAAUAACAAUAACAAUAAUAAUAACAAUAAUAAUAACAAUAACAAUAAUAAUAAUAUUAACAUUGACAGUCAAUAUAACCAAACAAUUAAGAAACCACAAACAACAAAAUCUACCAAAAUGCCAUUCCCACCACCGAUUGUAACACAAUAUUCGCACAAAUUAGAAUCCCCUCAAACAACACCUUAUACAAACCAUCAAUCAUCAUUUUUCAUUGGCUCAAAUAUAAACGCUCCUACAAAAUCUAUUCAAGUCACUUCACCGUCUUUACCUCUAAAUAGAGAAAACAAUGUAAAAAGCUCAUCAAACCCAUUUCCAUAUACCCAAAAUAUAGUUACUAAUCGCUCAUCUCCGUGUAUCAAUGAGAACAUUCAACCGACCAAAAGUAAUAUAGGCUCUAUAUUAAUAGAUACAUCAAGUUCAGAUAGUUCAUUAAGUGAAACUCCAAGCAAAUUGCAAACAAAUACUGUUAGUCAAACAAAGGAAAAUUUAAUUGACAUUUUACCAGUGGUAAAGGAGAGCUUUGGACUAUCCAUAAAUGGUAAAGAUGAAAAAAAUCAGAGCCAUAAAAAUGUGACUUCCCACAUUGAUAAUUCAAAGCCAAGCAAUAAAAAUUCAAGACCUUUACAAUUUAGUCUUGAUGAGAUAAACCUAUCUCAAGAGAGUAGUUUUAUAAGUGGUGUAUUAGACAAUCCAAUAAAUAUUGGCGCAACUGAAAGUGUUAAUGAAGAUAACAGUAUAGCUUCUUCGGAGAGCAUAAACUUAAAUUUGGUAGAUAGAGACAACAAACAAAUGGAUAACUCUAAAAAGGUGUCUGAAAAAUUAAAAAUCAAUAAUGAUGGAGGUAUACGGAGAGGAAAAUCGAUGAGAGUAAACAGUAGCAACUCGAAUUUAUUGAGGACAGAUAGAGGAGAAUUUUCCAUUGAUUCAAAAAAACAUAGAUAUUCUUUAGACCUAGAGCUUCAAGAGAUUAACCUUUCAACACAAAGUUUGAAUUUGUCAUUCAAUGGUCCACUAAAUAAAAACAAAAACAAAAACAACAAUAGCCAGAUAACAGUAAGUAGCAGCCCUCAAAGUACCAAUAACAGCAGUUCAGUUAUUGGGAGAACCCAUCACCACACAAAUCAUUUUUCCAAGGCCCAUCAUCAACAAUUAUCCUCAGUUGCUACACACGACAUUUUAAAUAGAGAAAACCGUGCCAAAAAUAGAAGUAAACUUACGAGUGUACGUCAAUCUCUAGACAUCGAAAGAUUACAUAGAGAUUCACUUUUAGGUAAUUCUACUGGAAGUAGCAGCAGCCUUUCUAAUGGAGUCAACCCGAAAAGAAGAUCAUUUUUUUCACUAUUUAAGAAUGACAAGAAUUGA